ACCUACCAUAAUCACUUGCUCCUAUUACUUAAAGCUCAUAUCAUUGAAAUACUACAGCUGGUUCAAAUAAAAUGUUCAAAAUUCAACAUGGACCACCAGUCACUCUCAGCACACACAUUCAAAGUGUCUUCAUCGUCCGGCGACUCGAGGACAUUGCCAGCACUAGGAGUAGUCGACGAACCACAUCAUCGGUAGCCCGGUUUUCAAGUGAUCAGUACUGGAAUAUGGCCAUCGGUAACUGGGUAAGGAUACGUGCAGCGAAUAAUAGUACAAGAAAUGUUAUCGAGAGUACUGUUGAUGAUGAGGUGGUUUCAACUGUAGAAAGUGAAGGAGAAUCAAUAGAUGUGAAGGCAGUGGUUAUGUUAAGGAAAAAGAUGAAAGGGAAGAUCUCAGAUAAGAUUGGAGAAUGGAUGGAAUCAAUUACAAAAGGAAUAAUUGGUGGUGCAAUGUUGAUUCAGCUCGUUAGCGAAGAUAUUGACCCUGAUACCAAAUCAGGGAAAAUUUUAGAAUGUUAUGCUGGGAGUUGGUUGCCCAAGGCAUCAGAUAACCCGUCUAUAGUUGAAUACACUGCUAACUUCAUAGUGCCAAGUGAUUUUCGUCGUCCUGGAGCUAUCAUCCUCACCAAUUUCCAUGACAAAGAGGUGCACUUAGUGCAAAUUGUAAUUCAUGGUUUUGGUGAAGGUCCAAUAACCUUUCCUGCGAAUACAUGGAUUCAUUCUUGGAAGGACGAUCCGGAUAGUAGAAUUAUCUUCAGAAAUCAGGCAUAUCUACCGCACCAAACGGCCCCUGGCAUAAGGGUUCUUCGUCGUGAAGACUUGCUGAAGAUUCGUGGUAAUGGAAAUGGUGAAAGGAAAAGACAUGAACGCGUCUAUGACUAUGCACUUUAUAAUGAUUUGGGCAAUCCUGACAAAAGCAAUGAUCUGUCUCGGCCUGUAUUUGGUGGUGAGGAGAGACCUUAUCCUAGGCGUUGCCGAACUGGAAGAUCUCCAACUAAAACAGAUCCAUGUGCAGAGAGUAUAGCAGAAUCACCUCAUCCAGUUUAUGUUCCUAGAGAUGAAGCCUUUGAGGAAAUUAAGGAGGAUACACUUUCUGCCAAAAGGUGGAACGGUCUCAUGCACAACCUGAUACCAGCUAUUGUUGCUAAAUUCUUGAGUCCAAAUAUUCCCUUCAACAGCUUUACAGACAUAGACAAACUAUAUAUUGAUGGUCUUUCCUCAAAAGAUGAAAAUCAAAAGGAGAGUUUGAUCAACCAAAUACUUUUUGCUGGUGAAAGAUUGCUCAAGUUCGAGAUUCCUGUCAUCAGGAGAGAUAGAUUUGCUUGGCUACGAGACCAUGAAUUUGCACGCCAGACUUUGGCAGGGGUUAACCCUGUUAACAUCGAACUACUUAAGGAACUUCCAAUUCUCAGUAAACUGGAUCCACAAAUUUAUGGUCCUCCUGAGUCAGCAAUUACAAAGGCCCUAAUAGAACCAGAGCUAAAUGGAAUGAAAAUUGAGGAGGCUAUUGAGAACAAGAGACUGUUCAUACUUGAUCACCAUGACAUGUUUCUUCCAUUUAUUGAGAAUAUAAACUCCUUGUCCGGGAUCAAAGCUUAUGCUUCCAGAGCAGUUCUUUUCUACACGCCAACAGGUAUUUUAAGACCAGUUAUUAUUGAACUCUCACUUCCUCCAACUCCUGCUUCACCAAGGACCAAUCGCAUAUUCACUCCUGGCCAUGAUGCUACAACUAGUUGGCUUUGGAAGCUAGCUAAAGCGCAUGUUUGCUCCAAUGACGCAACCAUUUUUCAAAUGGUUAAUCAUUGGAUGAGAAUCCAUGCAUGUGCAGAACCAUACAUUAUUGCCACCCAUAGGCAAUUAAGUUCUAUGCACCCAAUUUACAAGCUGCUGCAUCCUCAUAUGCGCUACACAUUGCAAGUCAAUGCUUUUUCUAGGAAAACCUUUAUAAGUGCAAAUGGAAUUGUUGAGGCUCUCGACUGCGCAGGGAAGUAUGGGGUGGAGCUAAGCUCUGCUGCCUACCAGAACCUAUGGCGAUUCGAUAUGGAAGCAUUGCCUGCUGAUUUGGUUAAAAGGGGCAUGGCUGUGGAAGAUCCAGCAGCACCAUGUGGAGUGAAACUUGUAAUUGAAGACUACCCUUAUGCAGCAGAUGGCCUUCUCUUAUAUUCUGCAAUAAAAGAACUUGUGGAGUCGUAUGUGGAGCACUAUUAUUCUGAGCCUGAUUCUGUCACUUCCGAUGUUGAGCUCCAAGGGUGGUGGAAUGAGAUCAAGAACAAGGGACACCCUGAUAAGAAAGAUGAGCCUUGGUGGCCAAACCUUAUUACUAAAGAAGACUUAUCUGGCAUACUUACCACAAUGAUUUGGGUUGUUUCUGGUAACCAUGCAGCUAUAAACUUCGGACAGUAUCCGUUGGGGGGCUACGUGCUGCAUCGUCCCACCUUAAUGCGGAAACUCAUUCCUCAAGAAGAAGAGCCUGACUACAAGCAAUUUCUUCUUGACCCCGAACAAAUGUUUCUGUCAUCUUUGCCUACUCAAUUUCAGGCAACCAAGUUGUUAGCCGUUCAAGAUGCUGUGUCGACACAUUCUCCAGACGAGGAAUACUUGCCUCAGCUGCAACAGCUUCACAGCUUCUUAAACAAUGAUCAACAAGUAAUAGAAAUGUAUGAACGAUUCUCUGCAAGAUUGGUGGAGAUUGAGCAGACUAUAAAAGAGAGAAAUGAGGAUGCAACUCUUAUAAACCGGUGUGGUGCUGGUACUGCUCCCUAUGAGCUGCUUAUACCCUCAUCAUUAGGUCCUGGUGUAACUGGUAGGGGUGUUCCUAACAGCAUCACUAACUGACCAAGUUCGUUUGCUUCUUUUUGCUCUACUUUUGCUUAACUAGUAAUUUUUCUUUUGCAAAUUUUGUGUUAUUGGUUGGAAUAUGCUAUAUGAAUCUUUCUGUAUCCGUUCUGUUUCUUUUGGGCAACAGUCUGCAGAUAGGAAAUGUUUUAAACAA